UAGGAUUGUGAGUGCGGAAAGAAUCAAGAUUGGGUCCAUAGCCUUGACCCUAAGAAUAGAAGGACUUUUGGCUGACCAGCAGACAGGAUUCCGAGACCUGCAUUUGCCAAUCAAUAAAGACUGAUUUCAGGUGUUGGAGACAGACACUGAUGUUUGGUCGCUAGAUAAGACACUCUUCCCACUUCCUGCAAUCCCAGUUUGUGACGGCAGCCAUGGCAACAACCCAUCUCUGUGGCGAAGGAGACUCUGCAGAUGUCCUGAACAUGUGUGUGGUGGAGGAUAACUGCAAGCUGCCCAACGGACUGGAACACACCAUCCUCACAGCUGUGGAGGAAGACCGCAAGGUCAAACGCACCAAACGGGGAGGUCUCUCUCUCGGUCUGCGGAAAGGCAAUCAGAAACACAGGGACUACAUCAAGAUCCCAGUACCUGACUCCAAGAACAACCGCUUACCUCUGGAAUGGUGGAAGACUGGGAUUGCAUUUGUCUAUGCCACCUUUAACCUGAUCCUAACCACGGUUAUGAUCACAGUAGUCCACGAGAGGGUCCCAGAUAAAGAAAGCAGCCCACCCUUGCCUGAUAAGUUUUUUGAUUACAUCGACCGUGUACCGUGGGCUUUCUCUGUGGCUGAAAUCAAUGGGAUGGUACUGGUAGGGCUGUGGUUUGUGCAGUGGCUCUUCCUCAGAUACAAGGCGAUAGCAGGCAGAAGGUUCUUCUUUCUCAUGGGGACUCUGUACCUCUACCGCUGUGUCACUAUGUACAUAACCACCCUGCCUGUCCCAGGCAUGCACAUGACCUGUGCCCCCAAGGUGUAUGGAGACUCCCAGGCCAAAGUGCACCGUAUUCUGCAGCUGAUCUCAGGAGGAGGGCUGUCCAUGACCAGCUCUAACCUCAUGUGUGGCGACUUCCUGUACAGUGGCCACACCGUCAUGCUCACGCUCACUUACCUGUUCAUCAAGGAGUACUCUCCGCGCUCUCUCUGGUGGUACCACCUGAUCUGCUGGCUGCUAAGCGCUGUGGGUGUGGUUUGUAUCCUGGUGGCCCAUGAACACUACAGCGUGGAUGUCGUGGUGGCCUACUUCAUCACAUCGCGCCUCUUCUGGUGGUAUCACACCAUGGCCAAUGUGCAGGAGCUGAGAUCCUCUCCGCAUAACUACCUCAUGAAUACCUGGUGGAACCCCAUGUUCAGCUUCUUUGAGAAAAAUGUGCAGACCCAGGUGCCGUGUACUUUCAGCUGGCCCAUAUCCUGGCCGCCAUCUUGUUUCAAAAACUCCUGCAAGAGGUACACCAUGGUGCAGAGCCCUUAAGAGUAAUGAGAGAUCUGUCCCACCAUUCACCAGCCAUGUCGAUCCAUCUGCAGUCCACCUUCUACAUUCACACAUAAAAGAAGGGGUUAAUGGGCUGACCUUUACACCAUGACUCUU